GGCCGCCCGGCCGGCCGCCUCCACACAGCGCGGAGUCGGGAGUGCGCAGUUGGGCCGUGGUCGUCGCCGCGCCAUGCUCGGAGCCUGACUGAGCCGCCGCGCCGGGGACACGAAUGAACAAGCUGCUGCUGCUCCUGUUCACGUACCGGGGACUCGCCAGCCGGGGGGGCCGCAGGGGGAAGCGCCGCCGAAAAUGGCCCCGUUCCGCAUCCGCAGCGCGCGGCCCGAGGACUGCCCCGAUCUGCUGCGCCUCAUCAAGGAAUUAGCUAAAUAUGAGGAUAUGGAAGAUCAAGUAGUCCUAACUGAAAAAGCUUAUUGUCAUCUUAUAGAUCUGCUUGAAGAUGGCUUUGGUGAGCAUCCUUUCUACCACUGUCUUGUUGCAGAAGUGCCAGAAGAACAGUGGACAGCUGAAGGACAUCUUAUUGUGGGUUUUGCCAUGUACUACUUCACUUAUGACCCAUGGAUUGGAAAACUGCUGUACCUUGAAGAUUUCUUUGUAAUGCCUGAGUUCAGAGGACUUGGCAUUGGUUCAGAAAUUCUGAAGAAUCUGAGUCAGGUUGCUCUCAAAUGCCGCUGUAGCAGCAUGCACUUUGUAGUCGCAGAAUGGAAUGAACCUUCUAUCAGGUUCUACAAGAGAAGAGGUGCUUCUGAUCUGUCCACUGAGGAAGGAUGGAGGCUCUUCAAAAUCGACAAAGAGCAUCUGUUGAAAAUGGCAACUGAAGAGUGAGGAAUUAUUCCAGCAAAUGACAAAUCUUAUCCCUGAAUCAUACUCUGAAUAAAGUCUUGCCUUGCUUUCUGUACAGUUUGUAGUGGAAUAAAUAGCAUGGACACUAAUUCCAAAGCUCCAUUACCAGUGCUAUUGUAGUAUAAUUGUUGCUGUUGUCAUCUGUCAUCUGGACUUGAAACAUCAGUUUUACAGGAAGUGACAUCUGUGAAGUCCAAUUUAUUUGCUUGUAAACAUCAUCCUUCACCAGUGUGGGCUAGUGAUCUUUCAAUGUAUAUUGAAUAAAACUUCAUUGUUGUGAGUGUCAUUCAAAUGUGUACAGUGUACACACUGGCAGGGUUUUUGUUUUAAUUUCCUUUUAUAAAAUAAAGUAUAGUAUUUUCACUUCAA